GACGGUUGAAACGCAUAAAAGAAAAGAGCAAAGUAGCGAUUUACACAAUCUGUUCAUUAAGCACCACAUACUUGUUUGGGUGGUAGCCAGGAAAGUGUGAAGAUAUAAUUUAUACUAAACUUACAAUACAAUCUGUCCUUUCUAAUAUAGCUUUGUUCCAAUGCAUUUUGCAUAAAAUGAAUCUGUACCUUAACUAUCGUCACCUUUCAUGACGAUAGUCAUAAUGAAUUAAUAGUAAGGAAAGGGUGGCUCCAAAGCAUGGUCUUCUGUAUGGGGGUCAUUUUCUCGCAGCAGUCACUGCUUUGGAAAUUGGGAAUUUUGCAAUUGCUGGGUUGGCCCUUGUUGUACCCACACACACACAUCAUCCCAUUCGUCAAUGCAUCAUGCGGUCAACGACGACGUUCGACCUUGCACAAUACCCCACAGCAGAAACUAUCAAAGCUUUGGCUUUUUUACUUGAACGCAUGACUCGAGCUAAUGAUCAACUAAGCAACAGCCCACGACGGUCCAACUAUACUAGGUUUCAUGCCCGGUCGAUACCCUCCGUUGAUAUCCAGUCGUAUCUUACGCGAAUAGCCAAAUAUUGCCCUUGUCAGAACGAAAGUUUCUUAAGCUUGUUGGUCUACUUUGAUCGAAUGAGCAAAAAUACUCUCAGUCUGACUGGCAAACCGUUUAAAAUUGAUAGUUAUAAUAUUCAUCGGCUGAUUAUUGCUGGUAUCACCGUCGCCAGUAAAUAUUUUGACGAUGUGUUUUAUACCAACUCCCGCUAUGCCAAGGUGGGUGGCUUACCUGUUUCGGAACUGAAUAGCCUUGAACUGGAGUUUCUAGUCAUCAACAAGUUCAGUUUGAGUAUAUCGAUACCUGAACUUCAACGGUAUGGAGAUCAUCUAUUGAAACUCAAUAUGAUGGAUCAAGAGUUCCGACAGGGUGGCAAACUCUACGAUAAUCCACGCUAUCGACCCAAAGCUAUGUCGAUGGAUGGCUUAGUGGAACAAACGCAGCAACAACUGCAAAUUAGCGGUAACACUAGAAAGAUGCCCCGCAUGGCGUCGAACCCAAGUUUGACCAUGCAGUAUGUUCACCAUCAUCGAACCAGUGUCAAUGCCAGUCCGGUAUCGAUGUCCACUGAAGAAGAAGACCCCAUACCCACCCAACGACUAUCUUAUAGUGCUGCCCCGUUCUUCCCAAUGAACGGCGGAAUUCCAACCCCACCACCAUCUAUUUCCCCUGUUUCACAACGAUCUACUUAUACACCGCCAUCAUUUUACGAUAUGAAUGAUCCAGGCAAACCAUCCUUAAACAGAUGGCACAGUUUCCACGGUUUAUCCCAUCUGUACAAAGAGCAAGAUUGAAAGCUUCCCCUUCCUUUUUUUUUUUCUCAUAUACUAUCUAUACAUAAUUCCAUUAUAUAUCUCUUUCGAUCGUUCUUCAUCAUAUUUUAUACCACUUUUCCAAUGUAUCAUUUUACAGUAUUAUUAACCUUUGGGUCCCAUAACCUCCAAUUUUAUUUUUGUCAUUACGCAGCGGCAACUUAUAUAAAAAUUCUCAAUUUAUUAUAAACCAG